AUGGCUAGCAAUCACUCCGCUAAGGUAGCGCUUGUCACCGGUGCGAAUGGCAUCAGCGGCCAUUCCAUCGUCGAGUACCUGAUUCGGAGACCAGAGACUGAAUGGUGGAUAACGACCAAGAUUAUCGUUACAUCGCGCAGACAAUUGCAGAGCUACUGGGUUGACCCUCGUAUUGAAUUCAUCGCGCUGGACUUUCUGGAAUCCAAAGAAACACUCAUGCAGAAGAUGAAGAUCAUCUGUCACGAAGUUACACAUGUUUAUUUUACUUCAUACAUCCAUGACAACGACUUCGACAAACUUGCAGGGAAAAACUGUCCCUUGUUUCGGAACUUUCUGGAAGUUAUUGACACAGUGUGCCCUAAUCUGGAACGUGUUUGCCUUCAAACGGGAGGAAAGCACUAUGGAGUGCAAUUUCAAGAAUCAACUACACUCCUUGACGAGGACCUACCUCGAUAUUGUGGUCCCGGUUCGAAGUCAAUUUUCUACUAUCAGCAAGAGGAUGAUCUAUUCGAGGUGCAGAAACGCAAAAGUACCUGGCACUACAAUAUCAUCCGCCCAUUUGGCAUCGUUGGGUUCACCCCUCAGUUCUCUGGAAUGAACGAGGUUGUGCCAGUGGCUCAAUAUUUCCUUAUCUGUCGUGAGCUUGGUGAAGAGCCGAGGUGGCCUGGAAAUCUCAGUACCUACCACCAUGCUCAGGGCAUGUCUUACUCUCCAAGCAUUGCUGAUCUUACUAUCUUCGUUACUUCUCACGACCAUUGUAAGGAUGAAGCCUUCAACCACGUCAAUGGUGAUGUCUUGGUUUUUAAGUUUCUCUGGAAACGAAUUGGAGAGUACUUUAAUGUGGAAGUUCCCAGCUAUUCCUCCACGCUAGACGAAAGGAAGUCAUUGAUCGACAUGAAGGAAUGGGCUAUGGACAAAGCCCCAGUAUGGGAACGCAUUAUUGCCAAGUAUGGCGGAAAUGUGGACUCGUUUCAGAUUGGCGCUUUCGAGUUGAUGAACUGGUUUUCUAACCCUACUGAAAAGAUUACAACUCCCUAUGUGGCUACUUUGAACAAGGCUCGAAAGGCUGGCUGGGGCCGUGUUGAUGAUUCCUACGACACUUGGAUUCGAACUUUACAGUCCUAUGAGAACGCCGGAAUCUUACCCAACCAUCGCCAGUUCCAAAACUGA